GGUUGUACGCUCGUACAAACACUGGGGAGUCGGUCCAAAGUCCUGGCGACUUUGAAGCUGGAUGGAGGCGAAUGAGAGGGCGUCAGAGGGAGGAGAGCCCGGGGUUGAGUCGAUGCCUUACAUUAAUACCAGGAUUCCUUCAGGUGCGUCAUGAUGAGCGGCUGCACGCAGACUGUAACUCAAUGUCUGGACAUUCUGUUUCAGUGGCCAUAGUGUUCACAUCACACUGAACACCACUGCUGCUGUCGUCUCUGAAACCUCAGCAAACAGCAGAUUCCUCCUCCCUGUCUUCAUAACAAAGUUGGGUCAAAAUGUAUUCAAAAGUAAAGUUUUUGUGUGUAUUUAAAAAAAAAUCCAGGGAAAUGCAUGUAGUUUGGUGUUUUGAAGCGCCUUGAGCUUUGCAGACAGUGUUUAUGGUAAUAACAGUGCGUGGGCGCAGUGUGGAGAAACACGAGGACAUUGAUUGCUGAGAUGCUGAUUCUUGCUCUGAGGUGCUUCUGGGUCAGAGAGAAACCGUGUGGGUAAAAAGCAUAAAACAGCCAGAAGCUGAGAACUGCCUGCAUCUGUUAACCUCUGUCCACAGCACGGGGAGGGAGAGACACAGGAGGAAACUCUGCAACAAUAGCACACGCACCAUCGCUGUGUCGACUUUCUGCUGCGUUGCAAGUACAAACUGUACGGAGAAGUUUCUCAGAAAUGCGCUAAAAGCUAAAAUCUGAUUUGAUCAGUGUGUGUGUGUGUGUGUGUGUGUGUGUGUGUGUGUGUAAUAGGCAAUUAUUUGAUCAAAUUUCCCAACUCAAUAAAUUUAUUGCAUAAAUGUGUGUAUGUAUUUUACAAUAUUGCCCGUUUAUAAAAUGUAUAUUUGUUAUAUAUAACAUUUAAACUACUACUACAUUUAGAAAUAAAUACUUUUCUUUAAUUAUCUGUGGUUUAAAAAACAUUUGCCGCCAGGUGGCGCCAGAAACGGAUCCCUGUCCAUGGUGCUGAUUGCAUUAUCAUAUGUCCUUUUUAAAUAUACAUAGUUAAAAAAUAAUAAUGAGAUUGUCCUCAAACGUUUGUGAGCGGUGUUGCGUUACUGCAGCGUUUGUUUAACAGCAGCACAGUUCAGUCAUCACCUGCCUGACGCACUCGAUGAUGAGGACCAGAUUUAUUACAGGCUUUAGUUUUAUAGUGAUUUAGUCUUAAUCCAGGUGCAGGUCGAUUGUUUUUAAACAAGUUGCACAGGAAUGGAGAACUGUUACACAUGUGGAGCGAGCGACAGUCGCACAUCUGGAGGUCUGUUUUAUGAGUCCACACUUUCCGUGACUCAGCCUCAAGACGACUGAGAGUCUUCUUGUCCGGUCUGUUAGCUGAGCUCUGUUCUUCCCCUUUAUAUGAAUUUAACCACGGGCCAUUUCUUCAUCCUCCUUCAUCUUCCUCCAUAGGCAGCUGCCUUCGCGUGGCUCUUGCGUUUUGUCUGUAAUGACACUUUCUGGUUGUGCAGGUUUGACGGUGAGGCGUCGUAUGCUCCACUGGCUCCUCGUUAGUUAAACCCUUUGUUUCACGCCUUGUGCUUCGGCGCUGUGACGUCCGCGCCUCCGUGCUGCGUCAGGCUGUGACCUGUUACCUGUCUGCCACACCUGCGUUAACAAAGGAUGAUUCGCCUCCAGCCCGUGUAACCGCUUCCACCCCCCGCUGCUUAUAGUCGCCGGCAUUUUAAUUCCGCACAACACGCAGUUCGGGACUUCUCGGCCCACUUUGCUCCGGAUGAUGCCGCUAACGGCGUUCACGCAGGUCCGACGCGCCGCUGCUGCGCCACCGCUUGGUCCCGUCGGCUUUUUGUCGCAUUGGAUUUAAAGGAGAAGCAGGGAUCGCGAAGUUGCGGAUGGCGCCUCUCUCCGCGUGAUCCACGCGGGCACGCGCCGUCGCUGGUCGGACGCCGACGCGGAGCACGGACGCCCGGAGGACUCGCACCGGCGGCCCACGCUGUGCAGGCUGCAGCAGCAGGCCUCGCAAACAGGACGCUGAAGGACGCUGAAGGAGCCGUUCCAGACACCCAGCCCUGCGGGAUCAUGGGAAACCACGCUGGCAAAGACGGCCACGGUCCGACAGGUUCUCCUUUAGAUUUCUUCCACACUCCUCCUACCACUCCCUCUGAAGCAGUGCUGGCUGCCAUGGCCUUAUCCUCUGCAGCUGCAGCUUCCUCCAAUAAGGCACGGACGCCGUCCCCCACCUCUCCGGUCGCAGACUGGACCCAGAAGCUGCCCGCUGCCUCCGAGUGGGACGUGAUCAGCGUCAACGGCGCCGGGGGGGCGGCGGCGAGCCCGGGCAGCCGAGCGUCUCCGUCCCGGUCCCCGUCGCAGCAGAGCUGGAAGGAGAGAGACGGCGGAGUGGAGCCACAGGCUGCAGCAGAGAGCGCGGGGGAGGAGGUGACCCUGGUCCUGCUCAGCCUCAUGGAGCACUACAGGGCCUCAGUGGGUCUGAACCCCAACACGGACCUGACCACGGGAUCAGUAGAGCUGCUCAGACGACUGAUUUCAGAGCGAGAGGAGCUGCUUGAGGAGGUGGACACAUUAAAAGAGACGCUGAGGGCAGAGAGGUGUGAGUGGCACCAGUUCCAGAGCGACCUACAGGUCGCGGUGUCGGUGGCCGACCGCCUGCGGGUGGAGUCGGACCAGGCCCUGAGUUCGCUCCAGGAGAGACACAGGACGCUGGAGGAGCAGCUGUCGCAGGUGCUCAGCAGGGAGCAGGAGAAGGACACGGAGCUGCAGGUCCUGAGAGCCGAGCACGCGGACCUGUGCCACCGGGUGUCUGAGCUCACCCUGCAGCAGCAGGAUCGGGCCGAGCUGGACGCUCUGAGGACGACGCGCUCAGUGACUGACCACACGGACGCCGUGCAGGAAGCAGAGGCUGUUUACAACAACGUGGAAAUGCAGAAGAACCAGGCAAAUCUGGAAAACGACGAAGAUGAGGGUCCCGAGGAUGAAGCUGGAUCUGAGAACAUGCCUCUGUCAGGGAAGGGGGUGGCGGAGGGCUACCUUCAGAGCGUAGCGGCUCUGGAGGAGAAGAAAAAGGAAGGAGGACGCGGUCAGAGAGAUCCGAGGAGGAUCGUCAUGUUGUCUGAGAGAUCCUGGAGCCUCUCACGUCUCCCGCUUCCACCGGACUCCACCAGUCAAAGCGACACCUCCAAAAACACGAGCACAACGCUGCCGCUCUGUAAGAAAGAAGAGCCAACGAAGAGGAGGAGGGUGGAUCGCAUUCUACAGCGGCAGGACAGCUGGUCCAGCUUCUACACCGUCAAACAGGAUGACGAUCAAAGCUCGGAUUCCGUCAAACCUCAGGACGGUUUCAGCGCUCUGCUGAGGCGCCACGGAGGCUCCAGGAGGAACUCUCUGCUGCGCUGGUGCCAGAGUCGAACCCAGAGUUAUCAGAAUAUUGACAUCACCAACUUCAGCAGCAGCUGGGAGGACGGUUUGGCCUUUUGUGCUCUUUAUCACACCUAUGUACCGACUCACAUCCCCUAUGAAAGCCUGAGCCCGGCUGACAAGGAAGACAAUCUGGACCUCGCUUUUAAGACGGGGGAAAAGAUGGGAAUCACUGCCACAUUGACAGUGGAGGAGAUGCUGAAGGCAGGCGGGCCGGACUGGCAGAGGGUUCUGGGUUACGUCGAGAGCAUCUUCCGUCACUUUGAGAUGUGAAGCCCUCAUCUCCUCUUCCUCUGACUGGACUUAGACACUGUUCACCACUAGAGGGCGCAGGGUUCAGAAGAUCAAGAGUCAGGGUUUUAAACAUGCCAACAGUAUUAGACUUUAAAUGAUUUUAUGCAGCAGUCUCUAUCAGACUAAAAGGGUUCUUACCCCAGAUGAAAGAAAGUGAUGAUUUUCUUACCCCCAAUAUUUUUACUUCUAUUUCCAUUUUAUGCUGGACCCAGACACCGUAGCUGCUGGGUGAAUAUUCACGGGACACGGCCAUUGAAAAUCCCUACAGCACAUUAUAAACCUUCUCAGUGGUCACGUUACCUUCGUCACUGGGUGUUGGAUUUACUGGUUUUGCACAGUUUGUCAAAAAUAAGCACUUUACUGGUUAAUCAUAAGGUGAGAAGGAGGUGUGGCGUGGAUGAUUUUAGAAAGGUGCUUCUGUUGUAUUUAUUUUGAGUAAUAUCUUAAUAAUCUUGCCCUAUCUGCAACCAACAACACAAGAGGGAGCAGGAAUGUUUACCAUGACACAGUAAUCAUAAGAUUUUUUUCCUCAUUGUAAUAAUAAAGUCCUGUAAAACAUAA